GUGCAUAUAUACAUGUUUGCUAAACCUGUCAGUCUGAUUCAAAUAUCGAAGAGGAUCGGUGAAAGCCAGACUUGUUUGGAAAGGAUGAUAUCGGGAAAGAAGUGGCGAGAUUUUCAGCAAUUUUGUUAAGGUGACAUCAUGAGUAAGAACACCAUUCGCAAGGAGCUAGAGUGUUCCAUCUGCAAAGAUCUGCUGAGGGAACCCAAGGUUGUUGGACCUUGCCUCCACACGUUUUGCAGGGAGUGUAUACUACAGCUGGUCGAGUGCGGUGACGACCCAUGUACCCAGUUCAGGUGCCCGAUAUGCCGCGCAGAAUGCUGCCUGCCGAGGGAAGGAGUCAGUGGACUGAAGACCAAUUUCACCCUUGCCAACCUUGUCGAGAUUUUCCGGGGUGACAGGGAGCCGACGACGUCUGAAAUCUCAGAGGCGGAUCCCAAUGCAGUGCAGGAACCCACCGUACCGUGCACCAUGUGCAGUGUCACUGGUAGAAAACUUCAGGCUACUUGUAUGUGCGAGACGUGCAAGUAUAUCACCAUGUGUGACAUUUGUAAGCGGCAGCACGAGACAGCUACAGCCACUGCGGAACACGUCCUUGUCGAGUUGUGUGCACGACACGGGAAACCAGAGGACUUGUAUUGCAUGGUUUGUAAGAGCUGCGUUUGCCAAGUUUGCGCAGCGAUCGAGCACGGAUCGCAGGCGAAUGGGUCUCACAACGUCAAGGAUAUUAAACCAAUCAUCAAGGAAUCCUUGAAGAACUUGGGUACCAUGCUAGACUUCGCAGAGAAGAAGAUGUUGGAAUCUUUGAGAGCCAGCAGGGAGACUAUCGGCGAGUUUAACCGCAAAUUCCAUAACCGACAGGAAGCUCUGAAGUCUGCAGUCGUUGCUCAGAGUAACGUUCUCGCCGCCCCGGACCUACUGGAGCGGGAAAAACUUGCCGGAGAGAGAACGGUGCUACUCGAAAUGUUAAAGGCAUUGGAUUUGAAAGGUGCUCGCCUUGAUCGAAAUGAUGCUGACAGGCAGGAAAAGACCAUCUGUCUGUUGGACCAGAUUGAUUCAAUUUCUGACGAAAAGACUUCGAAAGCACAAUCUAGCAUAGACAAUUCCAACACGUUUGAAAAUGAGCUGUGCACAGCCAUUCGUAUGGGUCAAAGGUUGAAGUCCGCAAAGAUGAUUGGUUCAAACCGCAAUCGUAACCUCAUCAAAACUGCAGGCCUGCUUCGUGAUAUGACGGUACGGCUUAAGAAAGAUAUGGAUACGACGUCGUACGAAAGGGAACUGUCCCGGAUGCCGGCCUACUCACAUUCCUCAGAUGACCUUGGGAGUUUGAUCACGUUUUACGCGAGAAAGAUUUUCGAUUUCGACGUUGGUGCAGCACCGCGAUACGACGGGGACAUUCUUACUGUGACUGUGACAAAAGAGGGAAUUUUCGCGGCUCUUUGCAAAAACGAAACAGAGCAGAAAGUCUUAAUAUGGACAAAAGAUGUCCCAACUGUCCAUCGAGUGAUUGAAAAGUCAAUGUGUCAAUUCAUCGACCGAUUGGUAAGCAUGGCAUCAUCACCAGAUAACAAGAUUGUACUGUUACGGAAAAAGGCGCCCCAGUUGGUCGUCGUGUCGCCAUCUCUCGGCACGAUUAAGACUCUCAAGGUUCACGGACUCAAAGAUCCGGGAUCCAUUGCUGUGGGCUUGGAUGGUCUCUUCCUUGUCAUCGAAGACGUCUGGCCCGCAAGCAUAUUCGUUAUCAACGAAAAGGGAGAAAUAAUCCACACACUGCCGACGAAACGAGUCCCGAACCCCCGAAUCUGCGGGCAUUACGUGAUCUUCACCUGCGAUUGGCGCAGGCUGUUCCCGUACUCGGUGAAAGGCGCAGGACUCACCAUCAUCACCAAACAAGGCGAGUUUGAGCACAAGAUCCCAGACUUCAACGUCAUCGACCUCACCCUCGGCAACGAUUCGGACAUGUUCGUCAUUGGCAUGACGGGUUGUGCGGAACUUAAACUCUACAGGCUUAAGAAGGUCUUGGAGGCUGAGGACACUCCACUCACCUAUGACGAGUUCAUUUUGACUGAUAAAAACGGAUUGAAGCGAGGGCCUGGGUUAAAGGCAAAGUCUCCAAUAAGUUUGGAUGUCUGUGGACCACAUAUGAUCAUCGCCUACAAGGAUUUGAAUGACCAGUCUUGUGCAGUUUAUUAUAACUUGGCCACAGUAGAGAACCAGAUGCUCCCAGCAUCAGGAGCAUCAGGAUCGUCCCGGUAACAAACUCGUCUAUAAAACCGGCAUCAUGAUCAGAGCUUGUGGGCAAGAGCGUUCGCAGAUCAUCGAGUACACAAUGAUGCACAAUCUGGCAUUCUCUGAAAUUUCGUCCCAAAUACUCGGCUACGCCUCGGAUUUUGGUCUACUCGAACGGUCUUCAACUUGGUGGUCUAGAAUGUCUGCUUGUAUUAACAAUAUUUUGUUCUGGUGGUCGUAUAUCUUGUCAGAACACCAAUUGCCGGCUGACUCAUGUUUUAGUUUAUCAAAUUAAACAUUUUAUCAGGUCUCUUAUUGGCCGCUGGUAUUUUCUAGGCAAUGUUACAACAUAUCCUUUGUCAUGAAUGUUUCUCGGCCAAAUGGUACAUUUAGGCAGGUAGCUAUGUUAGCUUCAUGAUUUCGGCAUGGCAUUGAUAUCCCUAACAAGUUGUGUAUCUUGGCAUAAUGACGAUAAGGUAUUUAUUGACUAGAUUUUUACUGCGACUCAGAAUAGAGCAACUAUUAGAAAUUUAGGCAUAAUUUGUAUCCCUUGAUCCUCAUAAACGUAUUUUGAUACAUCUAA